CUCCACUCCAACGACUCCACCUCAUGGUCCUCAUGUCAUGUUUUGUGCUUUGUUUAUGUUUUCUCUUUCGAGGUUAUGGUUAUUUCAAAAUUUAAGUACUAAAGAAUGGUAUUCCUCAAUGUAUUCCUUCGUUCGUAGCUCAAUUUUUAAUUAAAUAAUAAGUAAAAAAAUGCUCACCUGUAAUCAAAAAGGCUUUUACGAUUUAAAUGUGCAUGAAAAAUGUUUUCAAAAUAACUUGAGGCGAACAUUGGAAACUCUGUAUUCCCUAGGCUAUCGCACUGUAGCAGUCAACCAAUUAAUAGAUGUAGACUCGAUCCCAGAGACUAAAAAGAAGAAGAAAAAGGGUGAACCUCGAGAAACUUUAGAUUGUUUACCAGAACCUUUCGAUCUUAACCCAAUCAAAGAAACAGCAGCAGCAUUAAAUUAUGAAAGUUUAACUUUUCUAAACAGAUUAACUUUGAAAUUUUCAAGUCAAGAUACUCUUCACAAGUAUCUCAAAUCAAUCAAUUUUAAAAAAUAUGAUUUAUUUGGAGUGAUACCAGUCACAAGGGAAGCCUUAACAUUUGUAUGUAGCAGCUUGGAAGCUGAUAUUCUAAGUUUCGAUGUGGAAACUAGAUUAAAUUUAAGACUACAAAGAAAAUUAUUUACUCAACUAGUGGACAGAAAUUACCAUUUAGAACUAACUUAUGGCCCAGCCAUAGAAGAUUCUACAAAGAGAAAAAAUCUAAUUAACAUCUCUCAUCUGUUUCACACUUAUGGCAAAUCAAAAAACAUUAUUUUUUCAAGUGGUGCAGAGUUUUACAUGCACAUCAGAAAUCCUUACGACGUUAUCAGUUUGGGAUUCUUAUUUGGCCUAAACGAGUUACAAUCGAAAAACUCUGUUAUGAAUUUGCCAAGGAAGGUAAUUGUUAACGCAACCGGACGGCGUCAUGGAAAAUCUGUUAUGCUAGUUGAAAAUAUGGACACGAUUGUUGAAGAAUCCGUUUUGGUUGUUUCUGAUGAAGAAAGUGAAGACGAAGACAUGGACACAGAUGAACCACUGCAGAAAAAAUCGAAACAAUGAAACUCUUGAAUAAUAAAAAUGAGUCAAAUAAUGUUUUAAUGUUUAUUUUUAUAAGGGCCAAAUUAUGGACUGACUGGUAAACAUCUGGUUGUUACCUAGCAGGUACUUUCUAUGCACUAGAGAAUAGAAAGUACCUGCUAGGUAACAACCAGACACUUACCAGUUGGUCCAUAAUUUGGCCCUAAGUGAAAAGAGGAUAAUAUAGGAACAAAAAUGUUGGAACCAUGAAAAAAAUUGACAAUUUAAUGUGAACACCGUGGUGUUGCAGUUGUUGCACUGAGUUUUUGAUGGUAGGUGUUCCACUCUAGAGCGACUCUUUUUUGCCAGAAGAAUUCGCUACUAGGAUUGAUUGGAUCGACAUAACCUUAAAAAAACAAACAAAUGUCAAUAAAAGUCAAAACAAAUCAUCCAGCCAUUCAGGCAAAAAUUUUAAAAUGGAUAAUGAUGAUACCGAAAGCACAGCAACAUCUAUAGACGAAAAUACCGAAAACUUUUGCGAAAAUCCAACCAGAGACACGAUAGCCGAAGGGUUGAUGGGCCUUAUCAAGCCCACAGUUGAUCAAUUGGACGAAAGAAAUUUCCCAGUUAGAACUGAAACAGUGUAUUGAGAGCCUCAGCGAGGAACUGAAAAAGGUAUCUGAAGCCCAGCAACAUUCCAUAGAUUUAGAAAUUUAUUUGAAGAAGUUAAUUAAUGCUAAACAAAGAGUCACAGUUUUAUCAAAUAUAUUACAGAAUGCACAGGAACGACUAAAUAAAGUUCACAUGUCCAUCGACAAAGAAACUGUAAAGAGAAAAGUACUUUUGAAUAAUACAGUUGAAGAUCCUGAAUCACCAAAACAAUGACAUUAUCAACGCCCAUUUACGACCUUAAAGAAUAUCCUAACGUAUAUGAACCUAGUGAAGAUACUCAUUUAUUCCUAGAUGCCCUAGAAAAAGACCAACAUUUUUUUAUUAAAAGAAAUCCCACAUUAGCUUGUGAAAUAGGCAGUGGAAGUGGUAUUCUUAUAACGGCUCUAGCAACAAUCCUAAAAAAAUCUUGCUCUUAUUUUAGUACAGAUGUCAAUAUUAGUGCUUGUGAGGCUACCAAAAAAACUGCUUCAAUGAAUAGUGUCAAUGUAGAACCAAUUGGCAUGAACUUGAAUUCGUUUUUCAAAUGUUGUUUCGAUGUAAUCCUAUUUAAUCCUCCUUAUGUUGUUACUGAAAAUGAGGAAAUUCAUGGUAGAGGAUUGAAUAGGGCUUGGGCAGGUGGCAGUAACGGACGUUUGAUUAUAAAUGAUUUCUUGAAAAUUUUGCCUGAUAUUUUAAGUUCAAAGGGGGUGUGCUAUUUAUUGUUGUUGAGAGAGAACAAAAUUGAAGAGAUUGUAGAUAUUUUGGCAAAAAUUGGAUUGAAGAAUGAAAUUGUUUUGGAAAGGAAAAUUCCAGGAGAAUAUUUGUAUGUUUAUAAGUUUUUUUGGUAGACAUUUAUCUUGCUAAUUAAACAUUCUUUAUCCUUAUAUACUUGUUUUGUCUGUUUCUCUGCAUUUGGUAACAGAUUUUGGCAGUAUUCGUUCUUCUUUGGCUUCUGUCCAACCAGGGAUGCAGAGCUGGGCAAGCUACUUGGAAAAAGUAGCUAGCUACAAGCUACAAGCUACUUUAUAUUAGUGCUAAGUUACUCAGUAGCUCAACUACCUCUUUGAAAAAGUAGCUAAGCUAUUAGCAACUUAACUACAUUUUGAAUUAGUGGAAGCUACUAUUUAAGCUACUUUUAUCAAUGUACAUACAUGCCUAACCUAAUUUAAUUUCAUAAUAUCAUCAUACGAAAAUAACAUAUUAACUUUCUCUAAGAAGUAGUAUCCAUAUUUUUGUCAAAAACCACUGGACAUUAAUUUAUUAGGUUCACUUUGAUCACAGUGAUCUGCGAAUGCGAGAAUAAAAUAGGACACAUAAAACAUGGGUACCUACAGAGAUAACUAGAAACUAGUCUAAGCAAGGCAGGAUAAGAAUUUUCCGGAAAAUGAUAAUUGUAGCUUGAGCAAUUAAAGUAUAAAGUUACUUUUAUCGAGCGGUAAAUUUAAACGCGGGAGAUAGGUUGGUGGAAACGUGCCUUUAUAAGGGGAAAACUGUUUAUUUUUGAAAACAAUGUCGAAUGGAUGCCAUUUUAUUAUAGGUAUAGGUAGUUAUUUUAUUUUUGAACUAGAAGAGUCCGCUGCGCAUAAAACGUAAUAAGUAUUUUGGGCGUUGAGUAUCGUUAACCACACCCUCGCGCGGUAAAUGAUACUUUCCGCCAUUAAUACCUAAAUAAAAUAACUAGUAACUAUCUACCAAAAGAGGCUUAAGUAGCUUGUUUUAGUAGCUAGCUACUUUUCACAGUAGCUUAUGAAUACUUGAAACGCAUUACCAAAAGCUACAGCUACAAGCUACUUUUUUUUCAAAGUAGCUUGAAUAAGUUAUUAGCUACCAAAAAAGUAGCUAAGCUAGUAGCUUAACUACUAGCCUAGCUACUGCCCAGCUCUGCAGGGAUGGCAAACAAUUUUCUCUACUUUGGCUUUUGGAUUGAUAUUUCCAUAUAAAUUAACACAAAUAACCAUCCAUACAAAAGUCCUACCGAAAUAUUUAAGAUAAAGAAAAUAUUACAAAAAUAUAUAAAAGGCCACAAGAGCUAAUAAUAGGACACUUGGAUCAAAAGUGGAUUUUUUUUUAUUUUUUUAUUUUUUUUUUUAUUAUUUUUUUUUUUGCUGCCUUUUUUUACUCCCAAAAAUUUUCUGAUACAACAAAAGUCUCCGUUGGUUUUACCCUGCGUUGGUAAGGUGAAAAAUUAUAUCAAAUAUGGUAAGGUGGGGUAUGAGAUACCCCAUUUUCUUUUUAUAGAAACCUGGAAAAUAUGGAUAUUUUCGUAAAGUUAUAUGUUUUCAUUUGUUGUUUUGAUGCUAAAUAACUGAAAAUUUUUCACAAAAUAUUCAUAAAUAAAUAGUCAAGAACCAUUGUUAAAACGGUUUCAUUAACUGAAAAAAAAAAUACAAACGAAGGUGACACUCCCAGGAAAAGAAAAUAAACCAAAAUUCUCACUUAAAACUUAAAUUGGCGUGAAGUUGAUAGUACAAAUUAACAAAAAUAUAUAGUGGUGCACGAAAUGUUUCAUCAAAUCAAAUCAAAAUAAGCUUUAUUGUCUAAAAAAUAUCAUUGUUUUUCAUUGACAAAGCAAAAUUCUUAUUACUAAUUAAUUCUAAGUAAAUUAAGUUAAAUUUUUACCACAAUUAUGAACCUUAAAAAAGACAAAAAUCAUGAAUCAAAUCACUAGUUCAAACUAUAAACUUAUGGUGCAAAUUAGGUUAAUAAACAUAAAUAAGAACUUUACAAGAAAAAAAAAAAAAACAGAAUAAAUAUAAAUAAAUAAAUAAAAUUUAACUUUUUAGUAGUCAGUAUAAAAAUAAAAUAAAAAACAAACGAUAUAAAAAACAAACAACAAAGAGUAAAACAUCUAUGUGGUAAAAGUAAAAAACAAACUAUAAUUUGUGUGACUGUUUUGUGAAGGGAAGGCGCACUCAGCGCAUUGUAUUCUAUAACUCAACAUGUACCAAAACCUAUAAAAAUUAUACCCUAUUUUCCAAUUGGAUCCUCUACCUAACACACAUGAUCAUAAAAUUCCUUAAGACUAUAAAAAGCUUUAGUGACUAGAUGUUGCCUGACUAAUGAGCGAAAUAUAUCAUAUCUGUUACAGUUCUUUAUUUGUUGAGGUAGAUGAUUAAAAAAUUUUAUACUUUCGUAUAUAACUGAAUUUUUUGUAAGAGUAAAUCUAGGUACUGGCAAAGGCAAAUUAUCCUGACGCAGGUUAUAGUUAGUCGUUUGAACGAAACCAGAGAAUUUUUUAAAAAUGAGACUCACAGAUUCUAAAAUAAUUUGUGUGUUUUCUUGUCUAUCCAAUGUCUUACAUUCAUCAAAAUUUGGUUUCCAUGUUCCAUGCAUAUGAACCCCGUGCACAAAAAACAAGUAUAAAAUGACUUUCUGUCUUUUCAUCUUGGACAAACGUAACACCUCUUGCUAAAUCUUAGCCCUUUUAGAGGUCUUCCUAUGGCUUCUCGAAUUUCGACUUCAUUGAGAUCCACUAUUUUUCAACGUAGCGCUAGACCAGUUCAGGGAUUCUGUAAGCGAUUCACUCGAUAUGACUUUACUAGCGCUAGCGCCAUCUACAAGUAUUAGUGAAGUUAUUCCAUCUUGAUCAAGCCAAAACAAAAAAUAUCUCCCUAAAAAUAAAUAAAAACACCUACCUUGAUGACCUAUGACAGCAGCAGUAAAAAUCACAAAUUCCGUAAGGUGGGGUAUGACAUACCCAAGAGCACUUUACCGGUCCCGUAGAAAGUACAACGCGACUGGAAGAGUCUAGGAAUGAGCGCACGUAACGGAGGAAUGUUUUUUUGGAAGGUACUCCAAAGAUGAAGCCAUCAAUAUUACUAUAUUUAAAGUUACAGACGCGUAAAUUCAGCUGGGGUAUAUGGUACCCCACAUUACCAACGCAGGGUUGAAGCAGCCUGGAAAAAGUCACUUGAAAGUCCCCCAAAAAAAUCAAAUUUUGCAUGUUAUCAUUGCUCCUUUCAAGGAAAUUCUGUAAGAUCAUUAUUAUUUCAUUUAGUUAAUGUCAACCGAGAAUUGUGUAGUUAUUCUGCAAGUAUUGUGACAGAAUGGCUAUUUAUAAAAUGUUCAAAAUGUAAGAAUUUUAAAGUAUCAAGAAAAAUGUUAUUGAAACUGAAACAUCAGCAAGGAAAACAUUAGAAGAAAACGAUCCACAAAGUUGCAAUGAUUCUUCAGAUUGACAACAUAUUUGCAAUAUCUGUUCAUUAUUUGAGACUACAGAUAAAAUAUUAUUUAACGGGCAUUUAGUGAUGCAUCUUCAGUCAAAUAACGGUGAAGUUCAAGGUUGGGCUUGAGGGAGAACGCAGAAAGGGGGGAGUCAAAGAGAAAAAAUAAAUUGCACAAUUGUGAACUUUGUUCCCAUUAAAAUCGGGUAAAAUGUAGCAAAUUGGGUUAAAAGCAUGAAACUUGUCAUAGUUAUAAAAAAAGUCACAAAAUAGGGUUUAAACCCUCCUAAGGGAUGAAAUUUGAGGUGCUGCGGGUCAUAUCACUUUAAAUGGUCUAAAAACCCCUCUGACACGUCUCACGUUAACAAGCACAAUGAUGGAGGUAUGAUAGUUAUAAAAUUUAACUACCUAUUGCGAUUUUAAGGGAUUCAUAACCACUGUUGGUCAACAUAUAAAGGCAAAGCAUGAAGUUAUAUGUACUUACAACAAGUGCUCUUACACUACUACUGAAGAUACAAAGAAACAUAGUAAUCGUCUCAGUUUUGCACACUAGUGGAGACUCUUAUUUUUAAGUGAAGCGAAGGUACAAUCAAAAUGUUUUACAGCUGAUUUAGAGCUUGGAUAUUUCUGAUGGAAUUAUCGUAGCUUUAGUUCCAUCAAAAAUAAAAUUUAGAACACCAGAAAAUAUUUCUAUCACAAAUCAUUUUUUCGAAAUUUCAAGAAAAUUCAGCAGAAAUAAAUCCGAAUUUCAGUAGAGAUCCAGAAAACACGUCAUUCAUCAUUACCUGUUGGAAUGUUGCGUGGACAUUUUUUAAUCCAAAGGGCAUUCGGAUGAUUCCGUAAUGUCCGUUUUCUACACUGAAAGAUAUUUGGGAUGGCUUAAUUAGAAUUUUUUUGCUUCAUAUUGACUCUAGAAAUUGCAUAUUGAGUAACUCAGGGGCGUGAAAGAGUUUCAUAGGUAUUUAUAGCUUCCAACGACAAAGGCUUUGGAAGGGGACAGUUUUGGAUGGCUUCUGCCUUCUCGAAAUUCUGAAGACUGAUAAUUAAUGCUUUUAACUUUUCAAAGCAGUUCUCAACUUCCAGAGACAAAUAAAAAUUGAGAAAAACUGCCAUAUAUAUUCAAGAAGAGCUCCUGCGCCUUUUGAGGACUGCAGCAGAAUUUACUGAUUAUCUGCUUCAUUUUGUUCUUGGAAAGUUAGUUUUGAAUUUUCAGUUUAUAGCUUCAAAGACUUUGAAAAAAUGCUAUUCCGUAUAGCUUGAUCAGUUCAAAUCUUAACCAAAUGUUUCAAAAAGAGGACAAAUAAAAAACCGUUUUUUGAAAAGAUUGCGUUUACAGAGAGAAAAUUGAAAUAAAUUUGUGAGACCAAACUCAAAAUAAAAUUUACUAUCCACUCUGGAUUUUUGCCAACCCUGUGUCCAACAUUUGUGCUUGAUUUUUUUUGGUAAUCUAUUUUCAUGAUCAUGUUUUAUAGCUUGUUUUUGGUGAUUCUUAUCUAAAUCCCAAAUAUUGAUGUGCUAAAGAUAUUCCUCAUCGAACCAGACAUUGUCAAGUCUGCCGUUCACUGAAAGAAGCGUAGCGGAGUUUGGUGGAGCAGCCAAGUGUGAGGUGCAUGUGUUUCUAAUAACUAUUACAACUAGGUACACUUUACUUACAUAUUAGAAUAGAAAUUAUUGUUUUCAUAUAUAUAUUUUUUUAUUUGAAUUAAAAUACAUAGUACAAACAAUUACACUAUAUAAUAUAUUUUAUUUUAUUUAACCGUACACCACAUUAUAAUUAACAAAAAAAUUAUUCAGUUUCUAGCCCUUUGAGUUACUAAACUCAGCUACUGUCAAGUUAUAGCUUAUCAGAGGAAUAAAAAUUCUCUAACUGUUUAUGUACAAAUAUCAAAGGACAUAGUCUUGCACGCAUUAAAGCUCAAAUAAACAAGAAACCUAAAUUUUAUAAAAUAAUACCUAGUUUUCAUCUAGCUUCAAAAGGUGUUUUACUCAAAUCGUUUUCUCUGCCCAAGCCUUCUUGGCCAUCGCAGAGAGUGAGGCUGCUCUUUGACAGAAACCAAUACAAUUGUUCCACUGCUCAACUAAGCUGAGUUGGGCAAGCGUAAUCUGCGAGCACAGCUUGCACAUUGGAACCUAAACUUACAUUAGCUUCUGGGUAAAUACAAAACUUAACAUACAAUACAAAAUCCUAACAAUAUAGAAUGCUUCAUUUAGGCUUUAAAAUUAUUUUGGUAUUUUUUGAUAGUUACGCCAUUAGGCCAAUUACCGAGUAGCUCAAAUUCAUUCAAUAUGGAGUUGUCAACGAGCACCUUAAAACAAGGCAACUUUCCGUCUUUGUACAAAGGCAAAGACUGUACUGUGAAUUGGUUUUUUGGAAAUUUUACUUUCAAGUAAGAGCUCAAGUCGGAUUCGGUUGUACCUAUUUUAAGUUUGCCAACAUACAUCCAAGUGUUUUGACGAUUAUUAGAACUACUGGUUUGCUGUUUUCUAAAUUUUUUGUUUCUAUUUUUCUGCUUAUUAUCAUUAUUGCCAUUGUUGGAAUUCUUGUUAGCAGAAUUUGAAUUCAUUCUUCUGGAAUCAGUAGGUCCAGUUUUUUCAAUGUGGAUCUUGAAAUUGCCAUUGCUAGGCAUUUUCACCAUGCAAAAUGUAUUAUCAUUGUUUUUUGGCUUAUUAGUUUUAGGUUUAUCUACUACGACAAACUUCUUAUCAUUUUGUUUUGUUGAGGAAUUAUUAGAAUUAUUACUGGCUCGAUUAUAUGAAGAGUUUUUUUGAGUUUUUGAUGGAACAGGCCCAGUAUACCUAAAAAAUAAAACAUUUAUCAUUUUUGCUGAAAUAAAAUAAAGAAACCAAAAGCAACAUAAGCCAGCUUGUUCCAAAAAUAAAUGAUACUAACCCUGUAUUUCCAUUGUUAUUAAAAUGAUCGGUAGAAGGGCCAAAUGAGUUCUGUGGUGGUGGUCUAUAGUUUGGAUUGGCACUCGAGUUUCCUGCACCCCGAUUUAUGGACACAUCAACUGGCAUAUGAUUAAUGUGUCCUUGUAUGUUAACAUUUCCAGGAUUUUCAGUUCUUGGACUUGAUUGCCGUUGAUUUAAGCUUAUAACAGCUUCUGCCACAGUUUUAAACACUGCGUUCCACAUUUUAGCUUGAAAAAACUUGAUUUUAUCUUUUUGUUCACCUCCCAAAUUGAUAUUUAAAGCCCUCCUCUAAAUGGAAAAAUGAGGCAAACAAAUAUGUAAAACUUACUCAAGAGCUUCACAGCCUACUAACACCACACAAAUGAGUUGGGAAGGUCCUUUUGGGUAACUACCUAAUAGAUCUGUGACCGGGACUGCCAACAGAUGAAAAAAAUAUUUGUUUCUUGACCCGAAUCUAAACAACAAUAAGUUUAUAUCCAAUUUCAAUAAAAGAAUUACCAAUUCCUGUUUAGGUGGAUUUUUAAUGAAAUAGUUGAAUUAUAUGGGAGAUAAAGGAUCCAUCAAGAAAAUAUAAUCAAAUAUUUAUAAAUAAAUACAAAUGACAUUCUUCUUUUAUUUUUCAAGUUUGGCAUGUGGCAACAUUAGGUGAAUUCUUUUGGCAAAAGAGUGGAUUUAUAACAAACAUAACUUGUUCCAGUUCGAUUUGGAAGCCUAGUCAAUACUCGGGCAAUUUUACCGAUUGACGAGGCCUUGACCAGUUGCUCGGUAUUGAGUUUUCAUUUACCGACAAACUUUUCACAUAGAAAUUCUUUGCUGUGGUAACACCUUUAGGCCAGUCAUUAGGUACGCAGGGUCGGCGCAAAUGACUUUAGCGCCCUAGGCAAAUGAACUGUCUGCCGCCCUCUUCAAGUGAAAGUACAAAUAUGCAUGAAAAUUGUACGUAAUAGUGAUACCUGACUUACAAAAUAUAAAAUAUCAACAUGAAAAAAAAAAAAAAAACAUGUUAAAAAUAAAUACAAAUUCAGGGCCGUCGUUAGGCUUCUGGCUGCCUCGGGCAAAAAAAAUGCAAACCUGGGCUCAGUUAAGCUGGCCCCCCCCAG